UCCACAAACACUGGCCACUGAUCCAGAAGGAGUGCCCUCUGGUGGCUGUCCUGGGCACUGCAGCAGAUGACUGUCUGUGACGCAUUUGAAGUCGAUGGAGCCAGCUUUGGGAAAAAUCGAGUUAAAGUUUUGUGAAGGUUUGGUGCUGUACAGCAAGGAUUCAUGGAUCGAGUGGAAUCUGAACACUCACAACACUAAAGGAGCCGUGAUCGAUGCUGUGAGGAAUCUGCCCUAUAAAGGAGGACACACACUCACAGGUCUGGCUCUGAAGUAUAUUCUGGAGAACAGCUUUAAAGCUGAAUCUGGAUCCAGACCUGACGUUCCUAAGAUUGGGAUUCUGAUCACGGAUGGGAAAUCAGUGGACGAUGUUCUUUCUCCUGCUCAGACACUCAGAGAUGCUGGGAUCGAGCUGUUUGCUAUCGGAGUGAAGAAUGCGGAUGAGAACGAGCUGAGAGCCAUCGCGUCCCCGCCGGAGGACACACACGUGUAUUACGUGGCUGAGUUCAGCUUUAUGUUAGACAUCGUGGAGGGACUCAGCAGGAGCGUCUGCGAGCGCGUCUCUGAACUCAGCAGAGAGAUCAGCGGUGAAGAAGUGUCAGCCGCUCCCAGUGACCUUCUGACCUCUGAGCUCACGGUCAGGAGAUUCUGUGUUACUCGUCCAGCGGAUCUCUAAGAGUGACACAGAUGAAGAUGAAGAUGAUGACGAUGGGCAGGAAGAUGAAGAUGCCAUCAGGCGUGCUCCUGUUUGCAGCGUUAUGUGGCUGUUCUGAAAAACAAACAAAAAACACACAUUGUUUUAUUAUUUCA